AUGCUUACCAGAACUGUUGCGGCCGUUUCGGCGCUGUCACUAUUUGCUUCCUCUGCUUUUGCUGUUGAUGCCAGCUUGAAGAACAAUGUUGCUGUCUACUACGGACAAGGUUCUAACCAGCCUCGCCUGAGACACUUCUGUGACCAGACCUCAAACGAUAUCAUCAACCUCGGGUUCAUCAAUGAGUUCCCUACUGCUGUGAACGAUUGGCCCGGUAGCAACUUCGCCAACCAGUGUGAUGGAACCGUCUUCGACGGUACCAACCUGCUCAGUGGCUGCCACCAGAUCUGGGAGGAUAUCCCCUACUGCCAGGAGUUAGGCAAGACUGUCCUUCUCUCCAUCGGCGGUGGCAGUGCCACUGACCAGUACCUCAAGGACGACGAAACUGCCGAGUGGUUUGCUGAUUUCUUGUGGCACUCUUUUGGUCCUUACGACCUGGCCAACAGUCUCGGGUACCCUCGCCCAUUCCUGACUGCCGGUGUUGAUGGAUUCGACUUUGAUAUUGAGUACAACGGAAGCGUUGGAUGGGCUGCCAUGAUCAACCGCCUGCGCUCCUACUACGACCAAUACCCCGAGCAGAAGAUGUACAUCUCCGGCGCUCCUCAGUGCCCCAUCCCCGAUGCCCAACUGAGCGAUGCUAUCAAGAACUCCGUCUUCGACUUCAUCUGGGUCCAGUUCUACAACACCGCUGCCUGCUCUGCCCGCAACUGGGUCGAUGGCCACGGCGAUUUCGACUUCGGCCAGUGGGUUGAGGUUAUCGAGGCCAGUGCCAACCCCGAUGCUAAGCUCUACAUCGGUCUGCCCGCCUCCUCAGACGCUGCUAACGAGGGAUACUACUUGACCCCUGAUGAGGCUGAGCCCCUAAUCUCCACCUACAUGAAGAUGUACCCCAAGCACUUCGGCGGUGUCAUGCUGUGGGAGGCUACUGCCGGUGACAACAACGUUAUUGAUGGUCUCACUUAUACUGAGCAUAUCAAGGAGAUCCUGUACAGCUGUGCUCCUCCUGUUGUCUCUUCCACUGCCACCCCUACCCCCAGCUCCACUCCUAUCAAGUCUUCCACUGUUCCUCCCUCCAGCUCUGCUACACCUACCAGCUCUCCUGUUGCCUCUUCCACUGUGUCGCCUUCGUUCGCCUCGGUGUCCCCCAGCUCUCCUGUUGGCACCGUCUCGCCUUCUGGAACACCUUCCGCCACCCCCAGCUCCCCUGCUGGUACCGUGUCUCCUUCCUCCUCGGUGCCUGUGAUUCCCUCCGGAACUCCCUCAGUCACCCCCAGCUCUCCUGCUGGUACCGUGUCUCCUUCCUCCUCGGUGCCUGUGAUUCCCUCCGGAACUCCCUCAGUCACCCCCAGCUCUCCUGCUGGUACCGUGUCUCCUUCCUCCUCGGUGCCUGUGAUUCCCUCCGGAACUCCCUCAGUCACCCCCAGCUCUCCUGCUGGUACCGUGUCUCCUUCCUCCUCGGUGCCUGUGAUUCCCUCCGGAACUCCCUCAGUCACCCCCAGCUCUCCUGCUGGCACCGUCUCGCCUUCUGGAACUCCCUCCGUCUCCCCCAGCGGCAGUGCUUCUAGCUCCGCUACCUCAUCCACUGACUGCGAGACCUCCGAGACACCCUCGGCAUCCACCCCUGCCAGCAGCCCUGCCAGCAGCCCUGUGGCUUCUUCCGGACACCCCAGCCACACUAUUACUGUGACUGCCCCCAUUGGAACUCCCACUCCCAGCUCCCCCGUUGGCCCAGGCUCCCAGUCUAGCUCCAGCUCCACUCCUCUGGUCCCCGGUCACUCUUCCAGCGUGACCCCCAGCGGCUCUGCUUCUUCCGCUACCUCUUCCGCUACCGGUGCUCAGUCCACUGGUGUCCAGCCCACUGGCGCUCAGUCUUCUGGUGCCCAGUCUUCCGGUGCUCAGUCCACUGGCGUUCAGCCCACCGGCGCCCAGUCUUCUGGAGCCCAGUCUUCCGGUGCUCAGUCCACUGGCGUUCAGCCCACCGGCGCCCAGUCCACUGGAGCUCAGUCUUCCGGCGUCCAGCCCACCGGCACCGGAUCCUCCUCCGACAUCACCAUCACAAUCCCCGUGACCCCGACUCCCUUGCACACCACCUCCGCGGAAACCAUCACCACUGUGAUCGUCACCUCCUAUACCAGCAUCUGCCCCACCGGUUUCACCACCAUCACUACCACCCUGACCACCUACUACUGCCCCGGCAACACCCCGGCCACCGCUACCGCGACUGGCUCCGCCGCAAUUGGUACUGGUACUGUUGGUGUGACCGCUCCUACCUCCGGCCCGGCUACCACCAGCCCCUCUAUCCCUGAGGGCUGGACCACCACUGUCACUGUCUGCACUAGCAUCUCCAGCACCCCAGUUGCACCUGUCCGCACAGCCAAGACCUCGUCGACCCUGGCCUUCCGCCCCUCGACUGUCGCUACCAACAUCCCUGUGGUGCCUACCACCACUAGCAACCCCGAGGACGUUUCCCCGGUCUACACCGGCGCCGCCUCCAAGGCCAACGUCACCGGCCUCUUCGGCUCCCUCCUCGCCGUCGCUCUCUCCAUGUUCGUUCUGUUGUGA